AUGUUCCCAAGCAAAGCCUUGUGGGACGUCGUAUCCCAGCCCUUCAAGCGCUCUCAAAAUGGUCUUUUCCAUGGGAAGAUGAAACAAUACGGAAACAACGUCCCUUUCUCGAAACACAAAACGCGUCGUUCAUGGCUGCCUAACGUUCAGCAAAAGCGCAUAUAUUCGGAGAUACUGGGAGAGAAUGUUCGUAUGAAGUUGACGACGAGAGCGCUCAAGACGAUAAAGACGAAAGGCGGCUUGGAUAAAUACCUCAACACAACCCCGGCCGACACGUUGGGACAUAUGGGCAUGAAACUGCGCCUCAAAGUUCGUGCAAAACGUCUAGAAGACAAAGGACGUCCAGAACCUCGCUUUGAACUCCUCACUCCUGCCGAAGAAGAGGCUAGAAAACCUUUGGUGGUCCGACUACCCCCAAAGUUGAACCCUGCUCUCGAAAAAGCACGAAUGGCCAGAGAGUUAGCUGGCCAGAGCUUAGGCAAAGAUGGUCCUGCCACUGCUAGGGAAACUAUCAAAUAUCUUAUCCAAGUCUCUGAAAAGAGGAGGGCGGCCAUGAUGGCCGCUUAA